GUGUCAAGGCUUACAUGGCCGUCAGCCUGCUUCUCGUGUGCUAUGGAACAGAAACAGAAUCUCUGGAGUGCUUCCAGUGUGAGGCCACGUCGGAGACUGGCAAUUGUAUCACAGACUGGGAAGUGAUGUCCAAUUCCACGACACGUCAGAUUUACGCCAAGAACUGCACGCACAGCAACGUCAACUGGACCAGAUGUAUGAUACAGCGUGUCGAGGUCAAAGCACAAGUAGUUUUUUUCCACCGAGCCUGCGACGAUGGGUCCUAUUUCGAAAAGCAUCUCUACAGCCCCAGGUUCGAACACCUGCCUCCCGACAACCAAACCACCUGUGACGUAGUCGGCGAUAUCGGUACGGCCGUCUGCUACACGCCUUGUGACACCGACUUUUGCAACGGGCCCCAGCUCAUCCCUGAGAAAAACUGCACUGACUCGGACACCGAGGGCUGUAGAGCGCCCGGGAUCUUCCUCAAAACGCAACUAGUGCUUGUGGAACUUGUGUCUCUCAUCUCAUCGUUGCUGCUGGUUCCCUGGUUUUUGUUCCACCGUCCUUGA